UCCAACAAAAGGGUUUUCGAGCUUUCGAAAGGCUUCCUUUGAGACACUCAGUCGACGCAAGCACCCCUCCGCACCAAAUAAGUUUCUUCGAUUCUCUUGAUCCGUAAAGCUAUUGAAGGGGGGAUCCCGGCCGAUCAAUCAACCGUGCAAGAAGGUCAUUUCGCAGUAUUUUCAAGAUUAUUGGAGCUCAAACAAAGGAGAAAAUCAAAUUUAUUCCUUUUCAUAUCCUUACGACAACGAAUCUCAAAAAUUCAGUUUUUUGAUUGAUUGAGUCUCCUCGGGCUUGAUAGAAUUGCAGAAUGCAUAAGUGAGAGCAGGAGCAGAUUUAGGUGUAAUUAUGGGAUUCUGAAGAGCAAGCUAGAGGCAAUCCUUGAGUUGAAGAUUUUUGCAACUUAAGGAAAAAUUUAGUUCCUAAAAGAGGGCUAGAAACGAAAGGGCAGCAAUAAAGCCUACCAUGAAGUUCCAGAUGGAAGACGUGACUGUCUACUUCCCAUACGAUCACAUCUAUCCGGAGCAAUACUCCUACAUGCUAGACCUCAAGCGUGCCUUAGAUGCCAAAGGUCAUUGCCUUUUGGAAAUGCCCACUGGCACCGGAAAGACCAUAGCUCUCCUGUCUCUCAUCACCAGCUAUGCCCUUGCUAAACCCUCCAACACUCCCAAGCUCCUGUACUGCACUCGAACUGUCCAUGAGAUGGAGAAAACUCUAGCUGAGCUUCGCCUCCUUUACGAUUACCAAUUACGCCACCUUGGCCCCUCUGCUCAGAUCCUCGCCCUUGGUCUCAGCUCCCGCAAGAACCUUUGCAUCAAUCCCACCGUCGUCUCCUCAGCCACACGUGACUCCGUUGAUGCCGGCUGCCGCAAGCUCACAGCAAGCUGGGUCCGUGCCCUUGCUGCUGAGAACCCCAACAUACCCACCUGCCCAUUCUUUGAGAAUUACGAAAAGGUCAACUCUGAGGUCAUCCUCCCGCCUGGUGUCUACACAUUACAGGAUCUACGAAACUUUGGGAAGGAAAAAGGCUGGUGCCCAUAUUUCUUGGCACGCCAUAUGAUACAGUUUGCAAAUGUCGUUGUCUACAGCUACCAAUAUCUGCUCGAUCCAAAAGUUGCAGGUGUGAUAUCUAAGGAGAUGCAGAAGGAAUGCGUUGUGGUGUUUGAUGAGGCCCACAAUAUUGAUAAUGUCUGCAUCGAGGCUCUUAGCGUGAGUGUGCGGCGUCAGACGCUUGAGGGGGCCACGAGGAAUCUCAACAAGAUGGCACAGGAGAUCGAUAGGUUCAAGGCCACAGAUGCGGGCAGGUUGCGUGCAGAAUACAAUCGGCUUGUCGAGGGUUUAGCACAAAGAGGGAACUUACCCUUAACGGAUACCUGGCUUGCCAAUCCUGCCUUGCCAGAUGAUAUCCUGAAGGAGGCUGUGCCUGGAAACAUUCGACGUGCAGAGCAUUUUCUAUCAGUCCUACGGAGAUUAGUGCAGUAUUUGAAGGGCCGCUUGCAAACUGAAAAUGUGGAGACUGAAGGGCCUGUUGCAUUUGUUGCUUCAAUAAAUGCUCAGGCUGGAAUCGACCAGAAAAUGCUGAAAUUCUGUUACGAUCGCCUACACUCCCUCAUGUUGACGCUUGAAAUAACAGACACAGAUGAAUUUUUACAUAUCCAAACUGUCUGUGACUUUGCAACAUUGGUUGGGACAUAUACACAGGGAUUUUCCAUCAUUAUCGAACCUUUUGAUGAGAGAAUGCCACAUAUACCAGACCCUGUAUUGCAGCUUAGCUGUCAUGAUGCUUCUCUUGCUAUACAGCCAGUAUUCCAACGCUUCCAGUCAGUUAUAAUAACUUCUGGGACAUUAAGCCCAAUUGAUCUAUACCCUCGUCUUCUUAACUUCAAUCCUGUUAUCAGUCGAAGUUUUACAAUGUCUUUGACAAGGGAUUGCAUAUGUCCGAUGGUUCUUACUCGUGGCAGCGAUCAACUUCCAGUAAGUACAAAGUUUGAUAUGCGUAGUGAUCCUGGUGUGGUGAGGAAUUAUGGGCGGCUCUUGCUGGAGAUGGUGGCUGCUGUCCCAGAUGGCAUUGUCUGUUUCUUCGUCAGUUACUCAUAUAUGGAUGGAAUUGUCAAUAGUUGGAAUGAAAUGGGUAUCUUACAGGAUGUGAUGCAGCAUAAGUUAGUAUUCAUUGAAACUCAGGAUGUCGUAGAAACUACACUGGCUCUGGACAACUAUCGUAGGGCUUGUGAUUGUGGAAGGGGGGCUGUGUUUUUCUCUGUUGCCAGGGGAAAAGUAGCAGAAGGUAUUGAUUUUGAUCGACAUUAUGGAAGACUCGUGAUCAUGUUUGGAGUUCCUUUCCAAUACACACUGAGCAGGAUAUUGCUUGCCAGGUUAGAGUAUUUACGAGACACAUUUCAAAUAAAGGAAGGCGAUUUUCUGACUUUUGAUGCAUUGAGGCAAGCUGCACAGUGCGUAGGUCGGGUUAUUCGUUCCAAGUCAGAUUAUGGGAUGAUGAUUUUUGCCGACAAGAGGUAUAGUCGCCAUGACAAGCGUUCUAAAUUGCCUGGGUGGAUAUUAUCACACUUACGCGAUGCGCAUCUCAAUCUGAGUACAGAUAUGGCUUUACAUAUAGCACGGGAGUUCCUUAGGAAGAUGGCCCAGCCGUAUGAUAAAGCCGGUGCGAACGGCAAGAAGACCCUUCUAUCACAAGAAGACUUGGAGAAGAUGGGGGAUGGCAUACCUGAGAUGUUUUGAGCAGCCAAACCUUUUUGAAGAACGGUUUCCACUGUUUCGUUUCUACAGGGAACAGUCUAUGGUGCUUUCUCAUUUCAUAAAGCUUUGUUAAAUUAUUUAAUGAUAGGUGGUGUAAAAUAUUCCUUUCUUAGGUGAAUUAUUCCUUUUUGUGUGUAUGUGUGUGGGUGUGUCAGAAGCAUCCAAGGGCAGGGAUUUAAUGGGGUUGUAUAUUGCUAAGCUACAACUGAGUGGAUUUGGCCUGAUUUUGCGGCAGGUGGAGCAAUUUUCAUGGUGUGCCUACCAUUGUUUGAAAACCAGGAACUCAAGACUUUGAUGAAUAGACUCGUAAGUUUUUCACCAUUUUAAUUAUAUUUUUA